AUGUCAUUAAAACAACAAAAAAGUGGAUUAUUGGAUCAAAUACUAUUAGAAGAUAUAGCAAGAUACUGUCCUAAUCAAUUUCUAUCAUUUCAUCAAUGUAUGGCACAACCUGAUCCAUCUGGUUGUUUAAAUCAACAAAUUGAUUUAACAAAAUGUAUCAAGACUACUGUACCAUCUUUUCAAAAAAUCCAAGGUGAAUGCUCUGGUAAAUUACAAGCUUAUGAAGCUUGUUUGAAAAUCAAUAAAAGUUCAACUGCUAAAUGCACACAUGAGUUGGAUCAGCUAAGAAAUUGUGCCUUUGGAUCAAUAAAUAAGUAG